UCUCCGGCCAAGUGGGGAGCGGGCGGCGGGCGGGCAGGUGGCCCCGGGCCGCCGCGCCCGCGCCUUGGCUCUGCCCCCGGGAGCCGAGCGAGCCGCUGCUCCCUCGUGGUGUGAGGGCGGUGAUGUUUUUCCUCCCACCCACUUUUGAGUCCCCCCUCCCCCCUCGCGCGCACUCUAGCUCUCGCCACAACCUGCGAGCCCCAGACCUCGGAGGAGCGCCCCGGGGAGCUCGGAGCGCGUGCACGCGUGGAAGACGGAGCAGGCCAGUGGCCAGGAGCUUGAAUAUACCAGGCCCUGACAGUUUUGAGUGGCCUCUUGCAGUGACCAAAAUGAGAAAAAAGUGGAAAGUGGGGGGCACAAAGUGCAUCUUUUCCUUGUUGCUGUUCUUUCUUUUCCUAGAAGGAAGCAAAACAGAGCAAGUAAAACAUUCAGAGACAUAUUGUGUGUUUCAAGACAAGAAGUACAGAGUGGGUGAGAGAUGGCAUCCUUACCUGGAACCUUAUGGGUUGGUUUACUGUGUGAACUGCAUCUGCUCAGAGCUGGAGCCAGAAAGGCUAGAAACACCACAAAGCCAGGCCAGGAGGAGCUUUUGUCCGCAGUUGGCGGGAGGCUUUGGAAACGAGAGCAGUGGUGACCCCAGCUUCAGAAAGAUAUGCCAGCCAGCUAUCCACCAACCCAGCAGACGUGCUAGUGAUGAGAAAAGGGAAGAAAAUGCUGAUUUCAUUCAGCUCCUUGGGAAUGCGUCAUUCGCUGUCUGGAAUGGGAAUGUGCUUUGCAGCCGAGUCAGAUGUCCAAGCCUUCACUGCGUCUCCCCUGUGCAUAUUCCACAUCUGUGCUGCCCGCGCUGCCCAGAAGACUCCUUACCCCCAGCGAACAACAAGGUGACCAGCAAGUCAUGUGAGUACAACGGGACCACUUACCAACAUGGUGAGCUGUUCAUGGCUGAAGGGCUCUUUCAGAACCGGCAACCCAAUCAAUGCACCCAGUGCAGCUGUUCGGAGGGAAACGUGUAUUGUGGUCUCAAGACUUGCCCCAAGUUAACCUGUGCGUUCCCAGUCUCUGUUCCGGAUUCCUGCUGCCGGGUGUGCAGAGGGGAUGGAGAAUUGUCGUGGGAACAUUCUGAUGGUGAUAUCUUCCGGCAACCUGCCAACAGAGAAGCAAGACAUUCUUACCACCGAUCUCACUACGACCCCCCACCAAGCCGACAGGCUGGAGGUCUGCCCCGCUUUCCUGGGGCCAGAAGCCACCGAGGAGCUCUCAUGGAUUCCCAGCAAGCAUCGGGCACCAUUGUGCAAAUUGUCAUCAACAACAAACACAAGCACGGACAAGUGUGUGUUUCCAAUGGAAAGACUUACUCCCAUGGCGAGUCCUGGCACCCCAAUCUCCGGGCAUUUGGCAUUGUGGAGUGUGUGCUGUGCACUUGCAAUGUCACCAAGCAAGAGUGUAAGAAAAUCCACUGCCCCAACCGGUACCCCUGCAAGUAUCCUCAAAAAAUAGAUGGAAAGUGCUGCAAGGUGUGUCCAGGUAAAAAGGCAAAAGAAGAACUUCCGGGCCAAAGCUUUGACAGUAAGGGCUACUUUUGUGGAGAAGAAACCAUGCCUGUGUAUGAAUCUGUGUUCAUGGAGGAUGGGGAGACCACCAGAAAAAUAGCCCUGGAGACCGAGAGACCACCUCAGGUGGAGGUGCACGUUUGGACCAUCCGAAAGGGCAUCCUCCAGCACUUCCAUAUUGAGAAGAUCUCCAAGAGGAUGUUUGAGGAGCUCCAUCACUUCAAGCUGGUGACCAGGACAACGCUGAGCCAGUGGAAGAUCUUCACUGAAGGAGAAGCUCAGAUCAGCCAGAUGUGUUCGAGUCGUGUGUGCAGAACUGAGCUUGAAGAUUUGGUCAAGGUUUUGUACCUGGAAAGGUCUGAAAAGGGCCACUGUUAGACGAGACAGGCGGUAUUGGAUAGGAUAGAGCAAGAAAAAUCAAGCCGCAGCUGGACUGCAGGCUUAUUUUGCUUAAGUCAACAGUGCCCUAAAACCCCAAACUCAAAUGCAGUUUAUUAUUCACGUCAUGCACAGCAUAACUUGCUCCUUUAUGUGUCAGUCCUUAAACAUCUCCUCCAAAGAGACUGGGAGAGUCUUGAAUUAUUUGUGGGAGGAAGAGGGAUAGAACACCACAGCACUGCUCUAAGUUUCUGGGAGAAUCACAUUUCUUUACAGGUUAAAGAGUAAACAAAACCCUAGGGUUUCUAUCUAGAAAGUUAUUCCAGUGAAAGAAACAGGAGAGAAAUGCUUAGUAGGAGUUCUGUAGUACAGAGAAAAUAUUUGUAUGAAAUCAUACUCUUUGAAUUUUAGAAUGUCUUGUGUUUUUUU